UUUGCCUAAAGUCACUGAGCCUAUACAGACAGUUCAGAUAGGAAGAUGAAAGGACCUACAAGCUAUAGCUUCUACAUUUUGAUUCUGUCUCUGGUUCUGGCUAGCACAGUUACCAGUCAUUAUCAUGAAUGUCCUCAUGACAAACUGCCAACAAAAAAGUUUUUGAUUCGUACACACUUGGAAGGCUCUACUGAUAAAGCUACAAAGAAUGUUGGAGGAGAUGAUGGUUUUAAUCAACCAAUUCGCAUCAAUAUUCAUUAUAACUUUAGUAUUUUUGGAGUAUUAACUGAGGACAAACAAGAGCAAGUCAAGACUAUCAUGGGUCAAGUAAAAGAAAAUCUUGAGUCAAUCCUUACAGUGAGAAGAACUCCAUCCCCACUUCGAUUACGAAGAGCUUGUGACGGUGACAAUCCAUUUAUUCUAACAGGCCCAACUGAGCCAUGCUUUAAUCGAUGCUCAAAUAAUUCUGCUAUUUGUAGUUUUUUUCCAGUACCAUCAGAUCAUUUACAGCGUUGUGUUGAGUGCAAUGGAGAUCGUAGCAAUUGUGUUGAGGCUUACAGUGAUGGACCUGGCCUUGAAGAUACAGAUCUUGCUUUGUAUGUGUAUGGAGUUAGCCUGUUUUGUGGUGCUAGCACUAUUGCUUAUGCCUCAUCCUGCCAAUUGGAAGAUCAAUAUGACAGGCCUAUAGCAGGAAUUAUUAAUUUCUGCCCAUCUAAUAUUGAUGAUGAUGAAGAGGUUUUCCAGGUUGCAAAACAUGAAAUUUUUCAUGUGCUUGGAUUUUCAAGUAGCUUAUAUCCAUGGUACAGAGAUGAAAAUGGAAACCCAAGAACACGUAGAGAUGCCAAUGGUAAUCCACCUACUGAUGCCAAUGGUGAUUAUGUAGCAGAUGAAAGUACGGUUAAAAUGGUAAACUUAACUGACUGGCAGACAAGAUUUGGACCAACAAACAAAACAGUUACUCAAUUAGUUACUCCAAAAGUUGUGGAGGUUGGAAGGCGUCAUUUUAAUUGUAAUACUUUGGAGGGUGUUCAGUUAGAGGAUCAAGGUGGUGGUGGCACUGCUGGAUCACACUGGGAGAAAAGAUUACUAAAUUAUGAAGCUAUGACUGGUGUCAUAUCUCAAAAUAUUGCAUUCUCCAACUUCAGUUAUGCACUGUUAGAAGACAGUGGUUGGUAUAAAGUUGACUACAGCAAUGCAAGUAUAUUAGUCUGGGGACGUGGUGAUGGAUGUGGAUAUACAGCUGGUUCUUGUGGAGGAUAUAUUGACACAAAGAAAAGACAAAAUCAACCAAUAGCUCCAUUCUGCAAUUUCUUUAAUGAUGAAUUUAACCCUCAAAACCUAUCUUGCAAUAUAGAUAGGACAGCAGUUGCUUUUUGUAACCUUGUGGAUAAUUACUACUAUUAUUUAGAUGUAUCUAUACCUCCAGAAUAUCAGUAUUUUAAUUCGGGUGCAAAUUUUAACAGCUCAGCAUUUAGACUCCCAUUUUAUGGUGGAAUUGUUCAUACAGCAGACUUCUGUCCAUUUUAUUUUGAUUUACCGUUUAGGCAAGCACUUGAAGGCAUAUGUAGGAAAGGGAUCCCUUUAACUGAUAGUAAUGAAGCAGCAGAGACAUAUGGGCCUAGGUCACGUUGUGUGGAUCACUCUGGAAAGUGGCAAAUCACUAAUGGCUCAAACACAUACACUGCCCAAUACAGUGCUGGAUGCUAUGAGUACCAAUGCUCCAAUAGUGUUGUUACUAUAAUGAUUUUUGGGCAAUCAUAUACCUGUAGUAGAGCUGGUCAAGUGAUACAAGUUGAUCAGACUGCAGAUGGUGUGAGGUAUCGUGGAGGGAUUGUGUGUCCAUCUUGUGUUGAGAUAUGCUACGAUGAUUUUGAAAAUUGCCCAGAAGCUGCUGAGUUAUAUGGAGAGUUUGCAAGUCCUGCUCCUCCUACUGACAGUGUUGGAAGUCUGCUGCCAAUGGUCGGGUUGCUUUUUGUAGCCAUCUUUGCCUCUUUUGCCGUCAACUAUUAAACUUUAUUAGUGGUCUGUGUGUGCCUGUAGUAGUAGUGGUAGUAGAGACUAGUAGUAGUUUUUAGAAACUUUUUAGAGUUUCUAUUUUGCUUUUAAAAAGAUGUUUUGAAUAUUUGA